GGAGUUCUGAGUUUGGUAUAUUUCAUAAUGUCUCUUGGUUGGCAACUCGCAACGACAGUUAUCCUCAUGAAGUUAGACCGUUUUGUAAGGCCAAGCUGGUUCUCAUUCGAAAUUAUCUACUUGGUCUAUCAUCAUCCAAAAGUCCAAACUCUUUCAUGGCUUGGAAGUAUUCUUGGAUUUUAACAAUAAGAGGAAGGUGAGCAGAGCAGUAUUUUCAUUCUUCUAACGGCUAAAUGACGUGUACUAGUACAAUUUUUCAUUUGAAUUAGUUAACCUGGGCCCAUGACUCACAUGAUGGCCUCCGCCAUUAUGGAAUCCUUGAGAAUUUAUUUUUAGUUUUGUCUGCAACUCUUUCUUCAAAGCUUUCCAUACAAAUUGCUGUUUGGAUUUCCAAAUCUAUUUUAAACCUAUGCCAUUGCCCAGAAUAAAAUGAUAUUCAAAAACACAUCUAAUCCCUUUCUGCUAAAAAUAUUCCAACUUUAAUGAAAAAGUGAAACAUAAAGUGCAAGUUCGUGGAAUUUAGUGCCUCCAAAGGAUUUAUCAUUUUUCUGAGGAGGUUUAUAAUCAUAUACAAGUGUGAAACUGAUUUUGAAAAACAAAAAAUCCAUUGUUGCCCUGCUCUGGUCUGGCAUAAAUAUAAUAUAAAAUAUAUUCAUCAAUCUUUGAACCAUACAUAAAGCCCUUAACACUCGUUUAAACUUUAAACAUUAGAACAGUAGUGGGUCAAUGCAAACGUUUCUCAUGAAACACGAGCACAUGAUCAAAGGACGAAAGUCACAUGCCUCUCACAGAUCAAUAAUUGGAAGCAUCUUAAAAACGCUUUGUUUUGAAAAUUGCUUUGCGGGCAUCCUGACCCAAGUGAGACCCACACCUUACCUCAUUGUCAAUUUGACUCAGUCCAUCAAGAACCUCUAAACGCUGUCGUUUUCAAGCGACCACAGAGAGGGAGAGAGAAAAUCCUGGUGUAGUAACCGUUAUAUGCAUAAUUUCUUUUUUCAAUCCCACGCGCCCAUGUCUUCCAACCGUUUAAACCUCAUUUUCCCACCCAAAAGAUUCCCACCAACCUCCCUUAUCCCCUCUCUCUUUCUCAAGAAUUUAACUCUUUAGUCUUUUUCAUCAUUAACUCUCUGAAACAAACCCAUUUGUUACCAUCAAGAUUCAAUGACUAUGCCUCCAAGAAAGCUUCUUGUUUUCUUCUUUCUCUUCGUUCUCUUCAACUUCAUAGACCCUUUUCUUGUCUUGGCCAAUAAUGUCAGUUUCGAUUUCUCUUCUUUAACUCUCCGGAACCUCACUCUUCUUGGCGAUUCCUAUCUACGGAAUGGUGUCGUUGGCCUCACACGCGAUGUUACUGUCCCUUCUUCGAGCUCAGGCACUGUAAUCUACAAUAUUCCGGUUUCCUUCUUCGACGCAGAAUCUAAUAUUACAGCUUCUUUUUCAACAAGGUUCACUUUUUCCAUUGAUAAUGUCAAUCCAAGCUCUUUUGGGGAUGGUUUCACCUUUUUUCUUUCACAAGAUAACCAAACUCUUGGUAGCCCGGGCGGGUUCUUAGGUCUUGUUAAUUCCUCUCAAUUGACCAAGAACAAAUUUGUGGCUAUUGAGUUUGACACCAGGCUUGAUGCCCAUUUCAAUGAUCCAAAUGAGAACCAUGUUGGUUUAGAUAUUGAUAGCCUUGAUUCAAUCAAGUCUGCUAAUCCAAGCUCACAAAAUAUUGAUUUAAAGAGUGGGAAUUCAAUUACAGCUUGGAUCAAUUACAAGAAUGAUUUGAGGGUCUUGAAUGUUUUCUUGAGUUAUUCAAGUUUGAUGCCUGCUACGCCAUUAUUGACUGUAGAUGUAGAUCUCUCUGGGUAUCUUAAAGAAGCUAUGUAUGUGGGGUUUUCCGGUUCUACAGAAGGGAGCACCGAGCUCCACUUGAUUGAGAGUUGGAGCUUUGAAACCUCCGGCUUCCUUCCUGUGAGGCCAAAAUCACAUCCUCAUAAUGUGUCUGACACCUCUGUGACAGUAACAACUCCCAUUUGGAGGUCUGCAGAGAAGCAUCACAAAGGGCUUGGCUUGGGUCUUGGGAUUGCCGGUCCGGCUUUCUUUUGUGUGUUCCUGGUGAUUUUUGGGUACAUAACUGUCAAAAAGUGGCAGAAAAUUAAAAUAGUGAACAGCCUAAAAGCAGAGCUAGUGGCAGGGCCAAGGGAAUACAGUUACAAAGAGCUGAGUUCAGCCACUAAAGGUUUUCAUUCAAGCAGAAUGAUAGGCAGAGGCUCAUUUGGGAAUGUGUAUAAAGCUUAUUUUAUGUCUUCAGGCACCAUUGCAGCGGUUAAAAGAUCGAAGCAUUCCCAUGAAGGUAAAGCUGACUUCAUUGCUGAAUUGUCUAUAAUUGCUUGUUUGAGGCACAAGAAUUUGGUUCAACUACAGGGUUGGUGUGUUGAGAAGGAUGAGUUGUUGCUUGUUUACGAGUUUAUGCCUUAUGGAAGCCUUGAUAAGAUAAUAUACCAAGAGCCUGAGAAUGGUCCAUUUUUAACUUGGUCUCAUCGGCAAAAUGUUGCCAUUGGUUUGGCCUCUGCAUUGACAUAUUUGCAUCAAGAAUGUGAGCAGCAAGUCAUUCACAGAGACAUAAAGACGAGUAAUGUAAUGCUGGAUGGGAAUUUCAAUGCGAGGCUGGGUGACUUUGGAUUGGCGAGGCUAAUGGAUCAUGAUAAGAGUCCUGUUUCUACACUUACUGCUGGAACAAUGGGGUAUUUAGCUCCUGAGUAUCUUCACUAUGGGAAAGCAACAGAGAGAACUGAUGUUUUUAGUUAUGGUGUGGUUAUGCUUGAAGUGGCUUGUGGCAGAAGGCCAAUUGAGAGAGAAUCAGAAAGCCAAAAAAUGGUUAAUUUGGUUGACUGGGUGUGGGCAUUGCAUGGUCAGGGAAAGAUCAUUGAAGCGGCUGAUAAAAGGCUGAAUGGGGAGUUCAAGGAGGAGGAAAUGAGGAGGCUGUUGCUUGUAGGCUUGAGCUGUGCUAAUCCAGAUAGCAUGGAGAGACCUACAAUGAGAAGAGUCCUGCAAAUACUUAAUGGUGAGGCUGAGCCUAUGAUUGUGCCAAAGGUGAAACCAACUCUCACGUUCUCUGCCGGCUUGUCUUUGACUCUUGAGGACAUUGUUUCUGAUUGUGAAUGAUGCAAGAUUCCCCACUUUAUAGCUGUCUGGAGUAGCCUUUUAAGGUUUUCUUCGGCCAUGCUUCCUGAUUGUUUGAUUCUUUCACAUUUUUGUACUUCAGAUUGUAGUUUAGUUAUUUGUGAAGAACGAUUCAUUGUCCUUAGUUCAAUACCGUUCUAUUGAACUACCUGCAGAUAGAUAGAUCAGUUUCUUAACAAAUUCAAUGUGCAUUUGAUCUUCACAAAUAUUCAAUUAACAAGUUUUUUCCUCUAUUGCA